AUGAAUCAGGCAAGGCUUCCUGAAUUCGUACCAGGCUCCAGUUGGAACUCGUGGCGUGAACGCCUAGAAUUUCUCUUCGAGGCGAAUAACGUGCAGGACGCGGCUAAGAAAAGGGCUCUGUUGUUCACGUUUUGCGGCGAACAGACCUACGACAAGGUGCGAGACUUGCUGCAUCCGCUCACACCGGCGCAAGUUCCGUAUGACGACAUAAUCGAACGUCUGAGCAGCCAUUUUGAAACAGGUCCUUCUGAACUUCUAGGGCGCUGGCGUUUUCACAAAAGGGAUCAACUUCCGCAAGAGACAAUCUCUGAAUAUGUCGACGCUUUGAGAGCUCUAGCUAAAGACUGCAAUUUCGGUAAUGUUGCCGUUCCAUUAUCGCUACCACUUGCACCGACCACACGAUCGCCUGCCACGGCGCACGGUGAUUCCCAAGCGACCCAAACUGCAACCAUGCCUUCAGCGAUCGCUUCACCGUCACAAGCAACGGUCUCACAGGCUCCCACGACCGGUGUUCCGGCUUCGGCGAAAACAAUUUUACCUUUGGAAGUGAUGCUACGAGACAGAUUCAUCUGUGGUCUGAGGGACGUGCACCUGCAGCAGCGUCUACUUUCCGAAAGGAAUAUCACAUUCCAAAUGGCGGUCGACACCGCGAAAGCCAUGGAAUCCACGGUUUCACAACAGGCAAGCAUGCGCAGGAGGGAAGAAAACAAAGUACUUCAAACUUCAGCAACCAGAAGCCCAAAGAAGAAUAAGCUCCCUAAGCCGUCCAAAAAGUGCUACCGUUGCGACGGUGCGCACAACCAGAAAAGCUGCCCUCACCGAAAUUCCACAUGCCAGUUCUGCAAGAAACUGGGGCAUAUUGAAAAAGCAUGCACAACGAAGAAAAAGAAGCAGGCUUCCGGCACGCGCUCAUCUGGACGUCAACAAGCGAAUAAUCUAACUGCCGACGAAGCAGAUUCGUGGAACAGCUUAUUCACGGUCAACUCCAUGAGCCAAUCGACUGAGAGCUUAACCGUACGGGUUACGGUAAACGAACGCCCUUGCUGCUUCGAAGUCGAUUCCGGUGCAUCAUUCUCAAUAAUGAGUGAGAACACCUUCAACCAGCAAUGGGACAGCAACAGACCACGUCUACUGAAAGCAGCAUUGAAAUUGAGGACAUGGACCGGCACACCACUUCAAGUCCGGGGCAAAGCACGAGUCACCGUUCAGCUACACAGGAAGCAAGCAAAACUCGAUCUGUACAUCGUCGCGGGAACUGGAACAAGCCACCUAGGUCGAGACUGGUUUGAGCCACUGGGAAUUUCACUGUCUGGCAUUCACCGAGUCACGGAGUCACAGUGCCAGCCACUACUCGAUCAGUUCAACACCCUUUUUAAUGGCAAUAUAUCAGGCCAUGUAGGCGACCCUAUACACAUCGAGCUGCAGCCAAACGCAGUCCCUAGGUUCUUGAAGUCCCGCAUAGUGCCACUGGCAUUGAGGACAGCAGUCGACAAAGAGUUAGACAAGUUAAAAGAGCAAGGCAUUCUGAAACCCGUUUCUUCUUCGACAUGGACUACGCCGCUAGUAACAGUACGGAAGCAGAAUGGCACCUUACGUCUAUGCGGAGACUACCGUAGCACGGUGAACCAAGCGGUAGCGAAGGCAGCGUAUCCGCUUCCCACAGUAGAUGAUAUGCUGGCUCUAGUUCAAGGAGGCAGGAUCUUUUCCAAGAUCGACCUUCAGCAAGCGUAUCAGCAGUUACGAGUGGACGACGCAUCCUCAGAGCUACUCACGGUGAACACGCCACGUGGCCUAUUUCGUGUCACACGCUUACCUUUUGGUGUAUCUGUCUCGCCUCUGGUAUUCCAGAAAUACAUGGACAGCCUUCUGGCAGGGUUAGAAGGUGUCGGGGCGUACCUCGACGACAUUCUCAUUUCUGGCAGUACCCUCGACGAGCAUAACAAGCGUCUGCGCUCUGUGCUUAAGCGCUUGACUGAUGCAGGGCUCAAGGUUCGUCUGGAGAAAUGCCUUUUCGGCGUACAAGAACUUGAGUACCUUGGGUAUCAUAUCAGCGCAGCUGGCAUCAGACCCACACAAGUCAAGGUCAAAGCUAUCCUUCAUGCACCCAACCCAAGGAACAAGAAAGAGCUGCAGUCCUUCUUAGGAUUGCUGAGCUUUUACAACCGUUUUCUAAAGGACCGAGCGUCUGUUGCAGAACCCUUGUAUCGGUUGCUACACAAGGGCACACCAUGGUUUUGGGGAUCCCAAGAACAAGACGCUAUCGACAAGCUCAAGCUGUUGCUAGCUGCAGCACCAGUAUUGGCACAUUUCGACGUUAACCGGCCCGUUUUGCUGGCAUGUGAUGCCUCACCAUACGGCAUAGGCGCAGUCCUUUCGCAACGGACACAGAACCACUUGGAGGUUCCAGUAGCGUUCGCCUCACGGACACUCAGCAAAGCCGAGCAGAACUACGCGCAGCUAGACAAGGAAGGCUUUGCGGUGGUAUUUGGUAUGAAACACUUUCAUCACUUCGUGGCUGGUAGGCAUAUAACCGUUGUCACAGAUCACAAACCGCUACUUGGUAGCUUUAGUCAAGAAAAACAGAUACCAGCAGUACUAUCGCCUCGGAUGCUGCGCUGGUGUCUCUUGUUAAGCGCUUACGAUUAUACACUGAUAUAUCGUCCGGGUCAUCGGCAUCAGAACGCAGAAGCGUUGAGUCGUCUUCCGCUUCCAACCACAGCUAAUGAGGACACUGCUACUGGAGACAUUUUAAUGCUCGAAUCAGUCGAGUGUGAACCACUCACACCAAGACACAUUGCAAGCUUAACCAAACAAGACCCUAUUUUGUCCAAGGUAUUUCAUGCUGUACAAACCGGCGACUUUUCCAGUUGGAGAGAACAAACGUUCACACCGUAUAGGAGGCGUACCAGUGAGCUUUCCACGUGUAAAGGAUGCGUGAUUUGGGGAUCACGUGUAAUUUUGCCCAAGAAAGCACAAUCGCUAGCAUUAAGAAUGCUCCACGCCAACCACCCGGGUAUCGCAGCCAUGAAAAGUACAGCAAGAAGCCAUUUCUGGUGGCCCAAGCUGGAUCAUGAUAUUGAGGUCACGGUGAAGAGCUGUCCGAUGUGUCAGACUUUGGCUCGCGCUUCCUCGCCACUCGUGGACAUAGAGUUCGAGCGUCCCCACACGCCAUGGCACACGCUACACAUGGACUUCGCGGGACCCAUCGACGGUUGGUCGUACCUUAUCGUCAUAGACUCAUUUUCCAAAUGGCUCGAAGUCAAGCGCAUGCGAAGCACGACGUCAGCACGCAUAAUAGAACAGUUACGCAACAUUUUUGCGACGUUGGGCAUCCCUAGGGUAAUCGUCACAGACAAUGCGCCCAAUUUUGUUUCGGCGGCGAUGGCGAAUUUCUACACAAGGAAUGGAAUCAAGCAACGAACAAGCGCUCCGUUCCACCCAUCCACGAACGGACAAGCAGAAAGAAUGGUCGGAGAAACCAAACGUGCUCUCAGGAAAUUAACUGACGGCAGCAUCGAGUGUCGGUUAGCACGUUUCUUGUUCAAACAACACACUACAGUGUCUACAAGUACAGGGAAGACCCCGGCGGAGCUCCUCUUCGGGCGGCGCUUGACUACGCCCCUGGAUUGGAUGCACCCAGAAAAUGACUCGUCCAGUCACGAGAUUCCCCAAGUUCUUCCACGGUCCCACGACUUUGAACCUGACCGGUUAGUCUUCAUUCGCAACUUCGCGGGAGAGCAGCCGUGGAUACCGGCCGUUAUAAUCAAAAAGAUCGGUCGUUGUUCAUUUUCUGCGAAAACUGCAGACGGCAGAGUUCACCGUCGGCACGUGGACCACAUCAAGCCACGUUUGCUGAAGAGCGACCAUGUAGCGACAUGGGAAAUAGCCAAAGCAAGCUUACUCAACUUUCCCCUCGACAUGCAGCAUGCUCCGCAAGUGACUCAGUCACACGACUACGGCCAUUCAACUCAGGAAGGUCAGUCAGCUGAGAGUAAUGAAAGUCUCCGGCCCCAGAAUCAGACCCCAGGUGACUUGCCCCCUCAACAGGAAUCUUCAAGCAAGGAUCACCAGCCUCCAGAAUCAGCUGGCCUCUCUGAGCAGGCAGAGCACAAUAGCGAGGAAGUGAACCAACCGGCAAACCUUUCAUCGCAAGAGCAGACAAGAAACGACUCUACAGCACAAAGUGCUCACAAGACAGGACGUUUUGGCAGGGAAGUUAGGACGCCUAAGCGGUACUUUCAAAAGACUAAAGACUUUCACUUAAAUUAG